UGCGACUCUCCAAUAUACUCUUGCCUAUAGAACGAUGGCCCAAUGCUGUCUCGAGAGUGAUUUGGUAAUGUCCUCUGUGUUCCCUGAGCUCAGGGAGAAAACCAUCGUGGAACGGGCUCCAUCGAUUGCAAAAUGGAGAAACAAACGAUGCGGACUGUUCUUGAUGUGAUCGUGUUUCACCAGUUCGUAUGGCUGAUUCCUCGCUAGGCUUAGUAUGAUGCGUUGAUAAACGGCCAGUGGCAGUGGCCACUCGGACCUUUAAGUACGCGUGGGCGUCGCCGCGUGGCCACUUGCGCGUGUCGAGUGGGCCGAAAGUAGGAUAAAUGGCUCUCAAACUGCCUGAUUCUUGUCUUCAGCCAUCGCCCUCCUUCUUCUUACAUUUUCACCAUGCCAAUGUUAGACUGCCCCUUCCGCCAUGUCUCCGAGCACGUCUGCGAGCUCGUCCCGCGCAGACUGAGCGAGUAUGUUGCCUCAGGCGAGUUGAUCAUCAUCAUGUACAUGGCAGUCCGUGAGCACAAAGCCUACUAUGAUGCUGGCUUUAUGCACGGCAACGUUUCUGAAGCAAAUAUCAUGAUUUUUGACGGCGAAACUGAUGAGGGAAAGCAGACAUAUCGAGGUGUGAUGCUGGAUCUGGACGAUCCGUACCUCUCCAAGCCACUUGUCAAGGAGCAUAUUGCCGAGGAGCAGGAUCGGAUGGUUGGUGAUGCGGAAGACGCUCAGGUCUCAGAUGCCAAGGUCGCUAGGGAACUGGGUGGUAGUAGGGACUCAUCCUAGGAUCGGUGGCGUCAGUCGAAGUAAUGAUUCGAUAUACCUGUGUUCUUCAUCUUGAAACGUGUAGCUUUUUCAAUCACAAGAGGAUACUUCCCGAAACUGCACUAUUGUUACUCAACUGACAGCUUGCGCCAUAAAUGACGUCGGUAACGGUACU